ACAAACAAGUUCAUUCAACACCUGCUCAAAGAUGGAUCUGCAAAUCUCAGUUUUUCUUCUGUUCGUUCUCAUCAGCGCAGGACACUCUCUCCGCUGUUAUCAGUGUGCUGGUAGCUCCUGUACACAGACCACAUGCAGCACUGGAGUUUCCAGCUGCAUCGCUUCAACAGGUUAUUAUAGUGGCAUCAAAACUACAUAUAAAGGUUGUUAUGACUUUACUAACUGUCCAACCGGGUCCAUCAACCUCGGCAUCACAAAGUCCUCUUCUUACUGUUGCUCCAGCGAUCUCUGUAAUGCGCAAGAUUCUGCAGAUCCCAACACUAACGUCCCCAAUGGAAAGAAAUGUUAUUAUUGUGACGGACAGGACUGCUCAAAGACACUGAGCUGUUCGGUAACUGAAGACCGCUGCAUUUCAGAAUCAGGAAACAUCGGAAACCAGUCACUGAUUUUCAAAGGUUGCAUCUCCAAUUCUUUUUGCAAUAUCACAGGAUCCAUUUCUUUUCUUGCUAACAGCACAUGCUGUUCAGGAAACCUGUGCAAUGGAGCUAAAAGUGUCACUCAGAGUUUGUCGUUCCUUUGCUAUUUUCUGCCCUCCUUCAUCCUGAUGCUCUGCAUACACAUUUAACCUGCUCUACACAAUAUAAGGCUUCUUUUCUCUACUGCUUUUGCUCUGGUGUGAUGUUUUUAAAAUGUUCUGAUUUAUUACCUUCUGAUUUAUGAAACCUGAUAUCCAGA